UCUGGAUUUUAGUUUUUAUUUUACAGUUUACAGCCAGAAAAUCAAGAUGGCGGCCGUCAAGAUCGACGACAUGGAACAUGAGUCAAAAGAUGUACAAGAUGACACUGAAAUACUCGACGAUACUGCAGACGCAAAAGAUCCUGAAGAUCAAGUGAAAAAGAAGAAGAAAAAGCGCAAGAAGAAAAAGAACAAUGCUGAGACUGCAGAGGAUGGUAGCGUCAUGGAGAAUGGCGAAGGGCCAGGGGUCUCUGUGGAUACUCAAGCUGCUGAGAAUGGAGUGGCUGGAAUCACCUUGGAUGGUGACAAGGAUGAGGCUGAAGGUGAUGCUGCGGAAGAGGCAGGAGGGGAAAACAAAAAGAAAAAGAAGAGGAACAGGAAAAAGAAAGGAGCUGCAGGUGAUGGGUCAGCUGCCUCGGGGGCUAAACAACAAACUGUGCCUCCCUCAAUACCCAUAGCAGAGCUGUUCCCAGAGGGCAACUAUCCUGAAGGAGAGAUCUGUGAAUACCCAACUGAUAAAGACGGCCGAACGGCCAUGAACAGAAUGACAAGUGAGGACAAAAAGAUGCUGGACCAGUCCCACAGCCAGUUGUAUGAGGAGAUGAGGUUAGCGGCGGAAGCCCAUAGACAGACACGUCAGUACAUGAAGUCUAUCAUCCAGCCAGGGAUGAAGAUGUUUGACAUUUGUGAAGAGUUGGAGGCCACAGCACGCAAGCUGAUCAGGGAAAAGGGCUUGGAGGCUGGGCUGGCUUUCCCAACUGGCUGCUCUCUAAACCACUGUGCUGCCCAUUACACGCCCAAUGCUGGGGAUCAGACUGUUCUUGGUUAUGAUGAUGUCUGCAAGAUUGACUUUGGAACACACAUAAAUGGUCAUCUGGUAGACUGUGCCUUUACACUCACCUUCAACCCCAAGUAUGAUGAGCUGCUGAAAGCGGUAAAAGAUGCGACUAACACGGGCAUUCGAGAGGCAGGUAUUGAUGUCAGGCUGUGCGACAUAGGGGAACGAAUCCAGGAAGUGAUGGAGUCUUAUGAGGUCGAGCUGGAUGGAAAAACCUAUCAAGUGAAAGCAAUCAGAAAUCUGAAUGGUCACUCUGUGGGUCAGUACAGAAUUCAUGCUGGCAAAACAGUUCCUAUUGUCAAAGGUGGAGAAGCUACCCGCAUGGAGGAAGGAGAGGUGUAUGCAAUAGAAACCUUCGGCAGCACUGGCAAAGGUCACGUCCACGAUGACAUGGAAACAUCACAUUACAUGAAGAAUUACGAGGUCGGCCAUGUUCCCCUCAGACUGGCCAAAUCCAAGCAACUGCUCAAUGUGAUCAACCAGAACUUCGGCACCCUGGCUUUUUGUCGCCGCUGGCUGGACCGACUUGAGCAGACCAAGUACCUUAUGGCCCUAAAGAACCUCUGCGACUCAGGCAUCAUCGACCCGUACCCACCGUUGUGCGACCAGAGAGGCUGCUACACAGCCCAGUUUGAGCACACCAUCAUCCUCAGGCCGACGUGUAAAGAAGUGGUUACCAGGGGGGACGACUACUGAGUGCGCCAUAUGCUUUCUUUCUUUUCUUUUUUUUGUGCUGAAUGAUGAGAUUGUGGUUUUCUACUUGGGGAUGUGUGGGUGUGUGCCGUCAUUGUCUAUCAAAAGAUACCUCUCCAUAGGUGAUGAUAGAUAUCAACUGUUAAGUGUAAUACUCCACAUUACGCCAUUUUGAAAAGUGAUGCCUGAAGAGUCUAACACUGAGCAGUUUAUGUGACUGAAAAUGGAGGUUAAAUUUUGCUCUUGACACUUGAAAUGCAUUUUUUAUUCUUUAGGAUGAAAAGAUAAUUUGUAGGUGCUUCUGGGUCCUCUCUGUAUGCACUUCAAUCUGUGAGGUUAACUACAGCUGUCUCUUUGAGCAUGUUCUGUCUCUCUACUGUCUUUAUGUUUCUCAAGCACCAAAGCUUGUGCUGUUUAUAGUUACAAGUAAUAAGAAUCCUUAGCUGGUUGAGGCUUAUUAUACUCGGAGCGUAGUUGUAGGAACUAUUAAUUAUUAUUAUUAUAAAUAAUUGUUAGUUUAGUUAUUAUUAUUAUUAUUUGUUUGUUUUGAUUAUAUUUACAUUUGCAGUUUUAAGUCUGUUUUGUUGACAUUUGCUGGCGUCUUUUGUUGGUGGUCUGCUAUUCCCAUGUGGGGAAAAUGUUCACUUUGGCUGAUCUGAGCUGCUGUAGUUUUCAGCAAUAGAAAUGAUGAUAAUAAUAGAUUACAUUUGGAUAGCGCUAAUUCUCACUCAGCAAGUUCUAUGCGCUUUACAAUCUAUAUUAUGCUGUCUCUUUCAUUGAUCACAACUGUAAUACUUGUUAGGGUUAUUUUUUUUCUCUUUGCCCCUGUUGUUUCAAGUUUAUUAUCUCUGUGAUGUAAGUUUUCAAACGUUCUUAAUUGCUUUAAAAAAUGUGGGGUUUGUUAAGAGUUUACUAGGAUGGAUGGUGAAAAAUUCUGCAAUUUGAAAUGUUUUCUUUUACUCAUUUAUCUGGCCCUGUGUCUAGUUUUUGUCAUCUUUAGUCAAUAGUAAAGUGAAAGGGGGGGGGGGAUUGUUGCAUUUGUCUGUCAAAAGUUUAGUGUGGUUUCCUUUCAUUAAAGCUUCUGUCACACAAAAAGAAAAAUUGUAGGCUUGUAUUCUUUUAAUACACUUAGUUUGUUCUUACCUGUUGAAAAAACAAAAUGAGUACCGGUAUCCUGAAAUUUUGGGCGAGCGGGUCUUUCAUUUAUCAAAAUGAAAACUUUUUCCCUGGGCCAAAAUUCAAGAUUUGAACCUGGAAUAGGACCUGUAGCAUAUGAUGUGGUUUGGCACUUUGAUUUUUUCUUGGGGGUAAACAUUUGUUUCCACAAUAUGUACGAAUGAUGAAUAGUCAGUUCUGAGGCAACUGCGUAAGACUGAUAAGUUCUUGGCGGCAUCUGUUUGAAACUCACAUGUUCCAGCCAUCCACCACGUUUGUAAGUUUGUUGCCUUGCUUCCCCUUGAGAAAUAAAGACUUUUAUCAAGUCUA